AUGGAUGAAAAACGUUUGGACGAAAUAAUGGAAGGAUAUUGGUAUCAUAACGAACUGAUACGUUUGAAUAUUUUGAAUUCAACACCAUUAAUGACAACUAAGGAUUUGUCACGAAAAAUUGACGAUAGUUGGACAGGACUGUCAAAGACAGAGAAUGAACUCAUCUUGCCACCACGUUUGCCGCUUGAUCCAUUCGUGUUAUUCGUGUCCAAUCGGAUAGUGAGUGACAUUCGUUUACAAACAACUCCUUUGAGCAUAGAUAAAGACGAAGUUAUACCGGAAUUCUUGUGUGAAUGGAAACAGAUGACCGCGGAAGAACGUGCACCAUUUUUACAAAUGGCUGACUUAGAUAGAAAAAAUUACGACAAAGAAAUUGAAAGUUACCUAAACUACAUCAGGACCAUCCAGUAUUCUAUGACAACCAUUACAACCAAUAAUAAUACAUUUGAUAAUCCUUGUAGCCAACGAGUUAUGGAAUCUUCGUCAUCAUCAUGUUGCAAUAUUGGAAAUCGUGGUGCGUUCAGUCCUAUACCAAGUCCAAUUGCUGAGGAAUACCAAGAAGAUUUGAAUUCCUUGAUUAUCACCGAUGAUCCUGUCGAUUCCCCCGAAAGGAUCUUCGUCAAGCAAGAACAAGACUACGUAUAUGGAUUGACAAACAACUCAGUUAACAAUAAGAAAGAACCAGACUACGAAUAUGGAUUGACAAAACUCCUUAAUACAACACCAUCUAAAUUUAAAUGUGACUAUGCGACUUGGUGA